AUGGCAGAGCAGAGCCAGGGAGACAGCAGGGCUGUGACGGCUGAGCAGAGCCAGGGAGACAGCAGGGCUGUGACGGCAGAGCAGAGCCAGGGAGACAGCAGGGCUGUGACGGCAGAGCAGAGCCAGGGAGACAGCAGGGCUGUGACGGCAGAGCAGAGCCAGGGAGACAGCAGGGCUGUGACGGCAGAGCAGAGCCAGGGAGACAGCAGGGCUGUGACGGCAGAGCAGAGCCAGGGAGACAGCAGGGCUGUGACGGCAGAGCAGAGCCAGAGAGACAGCAGGGCUGUGACGGCAGAGCAGAGCCAUGGGGACAGCAGGGCUGUGACGGCAGAGCAGAGCCAGAGAGACAGCAGGGCUGUGACGGCAGAGCAGAGCCAGAGAGACAGCAGGGCUGUGACGGCAGAGCAGAGCCAUGGAGACAGCAGGGCUGUGAGGGCAGAGCAGAGGGAUGAGAACAGCAGGGCUGUGAAGGCGGAGCUUGGCCAUGGAGACAGCAGGACAGAUAUGGCAUGGCAGAGCCGCUUAGACCAAAAUGCUAGGUUGCAGAGCGAAAGUCGGGAGACACCCGUGAUGAGACUUGGAGAAGCAGAGUGGUGGAAAAGCAGUGUCAUUAUUGUAGAGACAAAACAAAAACCUGUCGUUAUAUGCAAGGGGACGGAGUGGUGA